CCAGGGGGGAGGCGGGGGCGGCCGAGUAAACGGGCGAGAAGGCUCGGCGCAUUCUGUAGAUUUAAGCGCGUGGGACGCUUUUUUAUACCGUCAACCAAUGCGCUUGGUCCUCCCCCGGUCACGACGAGUCCUGGUUGCUAAGGAAGUGAUAGUGAGGUAUUUCCCUCCACCUCUCCUCAAUAAUGUGGGACCGUGUAUUGUCUUUUCUGCAUAGCCAAGUGAAGGCUUUGGUUUACUUGAAAGGUUGGUUUCUCUACAACAUGCAUCAUCUUCUGUAUUUACACAAACUCUGCAAUAGAUUUCUUCAUUGUCGCUCGAUUAGAUCUAGUCCAAAUUGCUUAAAAAUAAUGGUCAAAAACAUACAUUCCUCAUUAACAAAUGAAUGUGGGGCUGAAGAAAAAUCAGUUAUUUUGUGUAGUGAUGAAACAUUACAGUACAGUGUAGACAAUAAAGAUUGUCAUCAGCUUCAUAUUCCUGUUAUGGUCAAAGAAGUUGUGAACUUUUUAGAACCACAGCAAGGACAGCAUGUUCUCGAUAUGACAUUUGGAGCAGGAGGCCAUACCAAGGCUCUUUUGCAAGAAACAAUGGAUAUUAAAAUAUAUGCACUUGACAGAGACCCCACAGCCUUUGAACUAGCUCAGCAGCUUUCUGAAUUUCACCCGCAACAAAUCCAAGCUCUUUUAGGACAGUUUAGUCAAGCAGAAGCCUUGUUAACCUCUGUUGGUGUACAGCCAGGGAGUCUUGAUCGAGUUCUUUUGGAUGCUGGUUGCUCUUCUAUGCAACUGGAUACUCCAGAAAGAGGUUUUUCCUUGAGAAAAGAUGGCCCAUUGGACAUGAGGAUGGAUGGUGGCAGAAACUAUAAUAAACCUCUGAGCAAUUCACAUUUAAAAAUUGUUUUCAAGCAGUCAUUACGAUUCUUGGCAUGCUUCGUGAAUAGUAUGGACAACAAAGUACAUAUUUUCUUCUUUACCUUUUUCAAAACAGGUGCUUUCCCUGAAGCAGCUUUAUAUGCUCGAAAAGACUUACUUCAAAGACCAACACACAUUGCUACCAAAACUUUCCAAGCAUUGCGCAUAUUUGUGAAUAAUGAACUGCAUGAACUCCUUGCAGGAUUAAAGGUAGCUGAGAAGUUGCUAAAACCUGGAGGUCGACUUGUAACACUUUCUUUCCAUUCGUUAGAGGAUCGUAUCAUCAAGCGAUUUCUUUAUGGAAUAGACAUUUCAGAAAAAUUUAACCUCAGUGUAAGACAGAAGAUAAGGCAAGUGGGAAAGAAUUCUUCUGAAGAGGUGAAUAAUGACUUGGCCACUUACAAUGUUAACUCAAGAUGGACUGCUAUACGAAAGAAAGUCCUUACUCCCCAGGCUAAAGAUAAUUGUGAAAAUCCAAGAGGGCGCUCAGCAAAGCUAAGAGGAGCUAUCAAAUUGUGAAUUUUGAUUUUUCUAUUUUGCCAUGUCUUUAUAACAUUUACUGUUCAAGAUGAUAAUGACACAGAGAUGGUAGAAUUUAAAAAAAAACAGUAAAAAAGCUACUCUUAUUUUAGUGGUACUUUUUAUAUCUAAUUAAACUGAAUGCUAAACACAGAACAUCUCAUGAUAGAAUAAACCAUUUUAAGAACUUGAGGUUUCAGUUAGAUACAUCUUGCAUCAUGGUAAGAAAAUAUUUAACUGGGCAGACUAAAUUAUGAGUAAAAUUAUGGUUAUCUCAGCUGUGUACAAUUGGUCAUCUUUUCACUAUAUUCACAAAUACUUACAUAAGUAAUGGAUAAAUCAUUGUCCCAUACUAUAUUUUUCAAAUUAAAUGUAUUUGCUUCAACUUUGCUUCAAAUUAAAUGUAUUUGCUUCAACUUAAGAUAUAUGAAGAAUAAUAAUGAAAAUGUUUUUCACUUUUUAAAAAUCUGCUUUCCCUAGUUUUCAUUAUAUAUAUCAUGAAAUAAUAAAUUGAAGUAUCUUGCCUCAAAUAAUUUUAUUUAAAAGAAGGAUCAUCUAGAAAACAGCAAACUGUGUUAAAUAUUUUCCUAGAAAUAUUAAAUAUUAAGUAUACUAUUUUUGGAUAAUGCUGCACAUUGAAGCACAUUUCCAAUUCAGUGUUGAAAAGCAAAUUAAUGGCUUGAACAAUUAAAAUGAGGAAUAAUGGUAUACAGUAUGUGAGGAUAGAGAAUGCUAUAGAUUAUUUCAACAAAAUUUAUUUAGAAGUUAUUUUGUAUAGUGGUACUGCUGUGCCUAUAAGUGAUGAGUGGUCUGUUCCAAAACAUACCAUCAGUUUCUAAUUUAAUCAGUAGGGUUUCAGUUGCCUAUUGUGCUAGAUUAAUCCACCAAAGAAAAAUAGCUCAUAUUUUAG